AUGCGGUGCCUCGCUCUGCUUGGCCUCGUCGCCUGGGGCCUGGGGAGCUGGGCCGGACCCAGCGGCGGAGCGUCCCCCCCUCCUUGCCCGGCCUCCUGCAGCUGCGACGGCGACCGCGGCGUGGACUGCUCCGGGCGGGGGCUGGCGGCCGUGCCCCCGGGACUCAGCGCCUUCACGCACGCCCUGGACAUCAGCAUGAAUAACAUCACAAGGCUACCAGAAGAUGCCUUCAAGAACUUUCCCUACUUGGAAGAGCUGCGACUGGCUGGCAAUGACCUUUCUUUUAUCCAUCCCAAGGCCUUGUCUGGUUUGAAAGAACUCAAAGUUCUAACCCUCCAGAACAACCAGCUGAAGACUGUACCUAACGAGGCCAUCAGAGGAUUAAGCGGUUUGCAGUCCUUGCGUUUAGAUGCCAACCACAUCACUGCCAUACCAGAGGACAGCUUUGAGGGGCUGGUGCAGCUGCGUCACCUCUGGUUGGAUGACAACAGCCUGACAGAAGUUCCCAUCUACCCGCUCAGCAACCUGCCCUCUCUGCAGGCGUUAACGCUGGCCCUCAACAAGAUAACACACGUCCCUGACUAUGCAUUUACAAACCUCUCCAGUCUGGUUGUCCUACAUCUUCAUAAUAAUAAAAUAAAAACCAUAGGAAAGCACUGUUUUGAUGGAUUAGACAACCUUGAAACCUUAGAUUUAAAUUACAAUAACAUGGUAGAGUUCCCUGAAGCCAUAAAAGCACUCCCAAGUCUAAAGGAGUUGGGAUUUCACAGUAACUACAUUUCCAUAAUUCCUGAUGGUGCAUUUGCAGGAAACCCCCUUCUAAGAACGAUACAUUUGUAUGAUAAUCCUUUGUCUUUUGUGGGGAACUCAGCAUUUCAGAAUCUGUCAGAUCUGCAUUCCCUGGUCAUUCGGGGUGCCAGCAUGGUGCAGUGGUUUCCUAAUUUGACAGGAACUGUAAACCUGGAGAGCUUAACUCUAACAGGGACCAAGAUAAACAGUAUUCCUGUUAAUUUAUGCCAGGAGCAAAAGGUGCUUCGAACUUUGGACUUGUCUUAUAACAAUAUAAAGGACCUCCCAAGUUUUAAGGGCUGCCACUCCUUGGAAGAAAUUUCCUUACAACAUAAUCAAAUACAAGAAAUUGCAGAGGACACCUUUCAAGGACUGUCCUCCCUUCGUAUCCUGGACCUCAGUAGAAAUCGGAUUCGUCAGAUCCACAAAGAAGCUUUUAUCUCUGUUGGAGCUCUUGUUAACCUCGACCUAAGUUUCAAUGAGCUCACUUCAGUUCCAACUGAAGGACUGAGUGGGCUGAACCAGCUUAAACUCACGGGCAAUUCUGAGCUGAAAGAAGCUUUGGCAGCAAAGAACUUCGCAAAGCUCCGGUCACUCUCUGUACCAUAUGCUUACCAGUGCUGUGCAUUUUGGGGUUGUGAUUCUUAUUUAAACUCUAAUGCUGAAGAUUCCAGUCACCAAGAUCAAGGUGCCUUGAUGGAUCGUGAGAAGGCUGAUGUUCUGAGAAAUGAGGAAAAUGAGGAACUGGGACAGACUAUUAUUCACUGUACACCAGCAACAGGUGCCUUUAAGCCUUGUGAAUAUUUAUUGGGCAGCUGGAUGAUUCGACUUACUGUCUGGUUUAUUUUUUUGGUUGCUUUGUUCUUCAACCUGCUUGUCAUGUUAACAAUAUUUGCAUCCUGUACUACACUGCCAUCUUCCAAGCUGUUUAUAAGCCUGAUUUCUGUCUCUAACUUAUUUAUGGGAGUCUAUACUGGUAUUUUAACUUUCUUGGAUGCUGUCUCUUGGGGAAGAUUUGCUGAAUUUGGCAUAUGGUGGGAGACUGGCAGUGGUUGCAGAGUUGCUGGGUUUCUUGCAGUCUUUUCGUCAGAAAGUGCCAUUUUUUUCCUGAUGUUGGCAGCUGUCGAACGGAGCUUCUCUGCGAAGGAGUUCAUUAAAAAGGGGAAAAGCAAUCGCCAAAAACAAUUUCAAAUUGCAGCGAUUUUUGCUUUCCUGUGUGCCGUGGUAGCGGGAUGCUUACCACUUUUUUAUAAAGCUGAGUACUCGGCAUCCCCCCUUUGCUUGCCCUUCCCCACCGGAGAAACGCCUUCACUUGGUUUCACAGUAACUUUAGUGCUCCUGAAUUCGUUGGCGUUUUUGCUAAUGGCUGUUAUCUACACUAAACUCUAUUGCAACCUGGAAAAAGAGGAUCUCUCCGAAAACUCCCAGUCCAGCACGAUUAAGCAUGUUGCUUGGCUAAUCUUCACGAACUGCAUCUUUUUCUGCCCUGUUGCGUUCUUCUCGUUCGCGCCGCUGAUCACCGCGAUUUCCAUCAGCCCCGAAAUCAUGAAGUCUGUUACUUUGAUAUUUUUCCCGCUGCCUGCUUGCCUGAACCCGGUCCUGUACGUAUUCUUCAACCCAAAGUUCAAAGAAGACUGGAAGAUGCUCAGGCGCCACCUGACCAGGAAGAAUGGCGCGGUGGCGAUCGCCGUCAACGCUCAAGGGGGCUGCGCCACGCAGGAUUUCUACUACGACUGCGGCGUUUACUCCCACCUGCAGGGCAACAUCGCCGUGUGCGAGUGCUGCGAGUCGCUCCUUCUGUCCAAGCCCGUGCCCUGUAAACAUUUAAUAAAGUCUCAGAGCUGCCCCACGCUGGCAGUGGUGCCUUGCCAAAGGCCGGAUGGCUACUGGUCGGACUGCGGCACCCAGUCGGCCCACUCCGACUACGCGGACGAGGACGACUCCUUUGUGUCGGACAGCUCGGACCAAGUGCAGGCCUGUGGCCGCGCCUGUUUCUACCAAAGCCGAGGGUUCCCUUUGGUUCGUUACGCCUACAACAUACCAAGAAUUAAAGACUGAAAAGGCUUUCUGCCACCAGCUGUUCCAAUAAAGAGGUAUCAUGCUUUGCAGACUGUUGCCUGGUUUGACCUUUCGAGCAGGAAGCACUUUUGUAAUCGUUGUUUGGUGUCGUUUGUAAAGAAGGGAAGCGGGCAGCAACUUCUUGAGCCAUACAUUUAAAAAAAAAAUUUUAAACGAAUAAAUCAAUUGCCCCGACUGUAAAUAAUUGGUAAACCAAAUUUGUUACCUGAUAUUUUUACUCUCUCCACGCAAUAGUGGUUUCUUUUAUACAGUUUUUACAUGCUAAUGGUGUGUUUCCACGUUGUGCUCCAGUUGUACUUUGCUUCUGCUGUUGGCGAGGUAAGUUCUGUUGAUUUCCCUCCCACCCCCCCCCGCCAAAGCACAAUAUAAAGGACAGCUGUUUGAUAUCACAGAAAUUAUUUUUAAAUGUAACUUUUCUAUAAUUAAGCAAAAAAAAAAUCUCUUGCUAGCUUUGUAUAGUGUAUUCAACAUUGAAUCUCAGGAUGAAUUUUAUUGCAGGGCCAAAAAAGGGAUUAAUUCUCCCAUACGUAACUGUGACAGCAAUAUAGGAAUACUAUGUUUGUUUUGUAUUUUAAGCCAAUAUUCAAUUAAAAAAAAAGGGUUUGUUGCAGUAAAGCACUUGUAAUCCACAAUAUUCUAUAGAUUAGGGGAAUAAAAAUAUGAGGUUGUCAGGAGUAGUAGGGUUGAACAUGUUUUUCCAGUGAUGAUGCAUUACUUCAGGUGAACCACAGCAAGUUUCUUCAGUAUUAUGCAGUCAAGUCAUAACAUUGGAAGGAAUGUUGAUGUAUCAGGGGGUGUUAGUAGUGCUGUCAGUGUACACAACUCAUGUCUUUGCAGAAAGACUGACUAAUGCUCUGCAGCUUAUUGAAUGUUACAGCACUCCAGUGAUAUUUAUGGAUAGACUGAGCAAAUGGAGGGAAAAUGCAAAGCAAUUUGGCAAUGAAGAAAAGCAUUUUUUCAGUUAUUUUACUGAGAGUGAAAAACACUCUGUGAAGUCACUGAUUUUCACAUAAAUCAGUGCAAUCUUUUUAAACCAUUAAAGUCCUGAGACCCUAAUGAUUUAAGUACAAUCGGUGAUCCAUUUUUUCUAUAUUUAGUUUGAAAUCUGAUGGCUAUAAAGUUAUGAAUGCAUGAUUAAGUAUUUAUGUAUGUUUCUUGAACAAUACACUAAAUCAAGAGCAAAUCCACUGCCGUCCCAGUCACUCUGGAGACAUUCUCGUUAAGAAUUAAAGCUAGAUUGCUGUUUUGAGAAUUAAACUGUACAUACUGUUCAUACAAUGAAUUUUUAUCUUUGUAUUGUAAGUUAUUUGAUAGAACCCAUGAUGGAAAAUGUGGCUUCAGUUCAUUUUGUUAAUUAAAGCUACCUCCUAAACAAUAGUGGCUGCCAGUAGCAGAGUGUUUAAAAUGUGGUUUAUAUACUUUUUGCAUUGUAAAUAGAUGUGGUUGUAUAUUGUCACUGUAAUAAAAACAGAAUCCUUGUAUAUCAAAAUCAUGUAGUUUGUACAAAGUAUGGGAGGAUUAUUUACUGUAUGCUGUUAAUUUUGUAAGCCAAAAUAUUCACGUGUAAAAAGGGAAGAAAACCAACCCAGAGUUAUUAAUUCUUAUAUUUACACUCAUGAAUAUUACAUCUGCAAUUAGCAUGGAAUGUUACACUGAAAGCAAAUAAAGGGUACAUGAAUAUUGA